AUGAAUCAACUCCGUUUAGGCCAGUGCGUGGGCACGGUCUCGUCGGCGACAUUCAGGCGAAGUCAUAACGAGAGCGUGAUCCAGAGCCUCGGUCAUCGGAAAGACAUCACUUUCGCGUGGGCGCGGACGGAGCCAGAAUCUCAGUCUCAGCAGGAUGGCAAUGCCGGUCCAGCAGGAGGCAGGGGAGGAGGAGGAUUGCCGCCGCCCUACAUUGCUCAUCAAGCCGGGGUGAACUGCCUCGCCAUCGACGGCAACGAGGGUCGGUAUCUCUUUUCAGGAGGAGCAGAUUCCGCCAUUCGGCUUUGGGAUCUCGAGGAGCAUGAACCGUCAUCGUCGCCGCUGUCAGCGUCACGAAGUUCAGUACUGACGAAAUACACACCCAAAGCAACGCUGUCGAAAAGCACUCCGGACUCACAUACGCAUGCUCUGACCUCGAUCUCAAUUUACCCGUUCGACCCUACUCCCUCGACCCUUCUCACAACCUCGUAUGACAAAACCCUCAAGAUCACAUCGAUAACCCCCUCCGCUCUCAACCCCGUCCACACGUUCUCCCUUGACUUUCUCCCUUACAGCCACUGUCUCUCCUCGCUCCCGGAUUCCUCGCCCUUGAUCGCCGUCGGAACAGCCCAUCCGGCCAUCCGCCUCCUCGAUCUCCGCUCGGGACUCUCCACGCACUCUCUCGCGGGCCCCAACGGCGCCGUCUACAGCGUGUGCUGGUCGCCCAAACAAUCCCACAUCCUCGCCUCGGGCUCCACCGACGGACGCGUCCUCUUCUACGACAUCCGCCGGGCCAAUGCCGUCUUUGCCAGUUUGGACCUCGACGACGCGAUCGGCGUGAUCGGCGCAUCCCCGACCACCGGCGCAGGCGCCCGUCGCGAGUUGUUGGACUUCAACAAUGCCGCUCUCGCGCACAAUGGACCCGUCACGAGCGUGCAGUGGUCCCCCACGGGCGACAAGAUAAUUACUACCGGCCACGACCAGCGCAUUCGCGUCUGGGACGCCGCCUCGGGUCGCAACGACCUGGUGCAUUAUGGGCCCAGGAUCAGGAACGAGAGGCAAGGCCAAUUGAGACCUUUGAUCUCGCCACGCGGGUAUCACGGUGUGGGCCAGGAGAUGCUGUGGUGGCCCAACGACGACGGACGCGGCAUGGUGUUUCAGCACCACUUGCGAGAGGGGAAUCUGGUCAGGAUACUAAAGACUGAAGGCAUCAGGGUCUCAGACGCGCAGCGGGCGAGUGCGAAGAAGGGCAGCUCCAACAAAGGAGGUCCGUCCGGCGGCAGUGGAAGUAACGUCGCGAGGUUGACUAGUGGCGGAAGAAUCAACGCCAUGGUAUGGCGACUCAGUGCUCCCGUGGGCGAAGGGAUAGAGAUGUACACGGCCCACGGGGACGGGCGGAUCUGUUCAUGGAUGCCUCCUCGAACACCAGAGGAAGCGGACGACAACGACGAGUCCGGAGCACCUGCAGGAUCCACCUGGGCCGCUGAACCAAGCAAUAAUAAUGGCGAGACUACUACUCUGGUGCUGGGGGACGAGGCCGAACAGAGAAAGAAACGCAAGCGAGAUCUCGUCGAGGAUUUGAUAUCAGGCUUGACAAAGAAGCCCAUCACCUUUUCCUAA